AUUUUAUUUUAUUGUAUUUCUUCUCUCUCUCUGUGUUGUGUUUGUGUUUUAAAGAAGAAGAUAGAUAAACAAACUGUGUUUUCGAUCUUCUGGUCUCAUCGAGAUAUUAAAAAAAAAAAAAAAUCCAGAUUUUUAAUAUUGUGGAGUUUUGAAUCUCUAUCUACCUUCCGAUAGAAGGAAAAGGGAACAACUUUAUUUGUUUAUUUUCUUCUCCAUUUUACCUAAAUUUUCAUCCAAAGUUUCUUGUCUUCUUCUUUUUUAUUGGUUUCAAUCUUUGGUGAUUCUGGAAGCUAAGUAGCUGAGUUUAAGUUGCAGAUCUUGAGGUUGAGAGAGAGAGAGAGAGUUCGUGUUGUGUAAUGGAGGAGGUAAAGGGACAAAGAGGUAGUGGAACCACAGAGGCUGAUUUUGUGUUGCAAUGGGGAGAGAGAAAACGAGUUAGGUGUAUGAAAGUGAAGAAAGAUCAAAGCCUCACAAAUGGCAAAUCAACUGAUUGUUUGACUAAGCGUAAACUCAUUUCCCGUGCUGUCUCUUCUGAGAGAGGCUCUCCUUCUCGACAUCUUAACCGCCCAAACAAGAUCACAGAUUCACUAGUCAAUGUGCGUAGAUCUUUUGUGGCGUCACCUGAGAAGGAAGAUAGGUAUUAUACAACUAGGGGUUUGAUGGGAAUAGAUGACAGUGGGAAAAUUAUUAAGGAACCUGUGAAAGAAACCAAGAAGCAUGUGUGGCCAAAGUUGUUUAUAACUUUGUCAAAUAAAGAGAAGGAAGAAGAUUUCUUGGCUAUGAAAGGUUGCAAGCUUCCUCAAAGACCUAAGAAACGAGCCAAAUUGGUCCAGAAGACGUUGCUUCUGGUGAGUCCAGGAGCUUGGUUAUCAGAUUUGUGCAAAGAGAGAUAUGAAGUAAGAGAGAAAAAGACUUCAAAGAAGAGACCAAGAGGAUUGAAGGCAAUGGGGAGCAUGGAAAGCGAUUCAGAGUGAAGAAUGGUCGAAGAAAAGAACUUAAAAGAGAUAUUUUAAGAUUUUGGCGAGAAGUAGAAAGGAUGUAUUUCGCUUUUUCAUCACAUUUUCAGAUGCCUCUCUUCAUUACUACAAGUUAAAAAUAUGAGGCACUAGUAUUUUUGCUGAUGUUUUGCUUUCAAAGCUCAUCUAUCUUCUUUAUCCGUCUCUUUUCUCA